AAACCCCAAACCCUGACCUCAACCCUCACUGCCUCAUUCACUGUCUAAUUACUAAAAACGCCAAAACCCACCCCUCCAAAAACCUUUCCCUCCCAUUCCUCUCUCUCUCUCUCUCUCUCUCUCUGUGCUUUUACUUCACCACCUUCUCCUUCAACUGAUUCAACUCUCAAGGAUCUAAAACCCUUAAUAAACCCUCACUCUGCAGCUAUGGCUUCAGUUGCAGGGACUGUGUGUGAAAUUCAUAGUACAGCAAGUGAAAUUUCUAGAAGGGGGACAGACGUCAAUACAGAAAAUUCUGAUUUACAUGUUACACUAUACAAGAAGAGAAAGAUAUCUGCAAUUUCUGAUUUUUUGCCACAUGUUAUGAGAAGGAUAGAGGAAUCUUUACCCAGUUUACAUUCCCCUGAUUAUUAUAUGGAGCCUUGCUUGGAAGAUAUGGUAAGAAUGGAACGCUUGGAACCUGGUUAUUGCAGCCGUGUUCCGGAUUUUGUGGUUGGAAGAUCUGGCUAUGGGUGUGUAAAAUUCUUUGGGAAAACUGAUGUUAGAGGGUUGGAUUUAGAUCAAAUUGUGAAAUUCCAUAGGCAUGAGGUAAUUGUAUAUGAAGAUGAAAGCAAUAAGCCCAUGGUUGGUCAAGGCCUUAACAAAACUGCCGAGGUAACUUUGAAACUUCAGAUUGAAAAUUUAGGCUUGGAAAAGCAGGAAGUAGAUAGUAUUGUUAAGAAAUUAAGACAGAGUAUGAGGAGUCAAGGGGCACACUUCAUUGCAUUUGACCCUUCUAAUGGUGAAUGGAAAUUCUUGGUUGACCAUUUUAGCAGAUUCGGGUUGAGUGAAGAUGACGAGGAAGAUAUUAUAAUGGAUGACGCAACAGGGGCUAUACAAGAUCCUGGGGUAAUGAAUGGUAGUGGGAAUCCUGAGAUUGAUGAAGACAUGCAACUGGAUACUAAUGGACCACUGCUUUCUCAUUCUCUUCCUGCCCAUCUUGGGCUGGACCCUGUUAAGAUGAGAGAAAUGAGGAUGUUGAUGUUUCCUGUUGAGGAAGAAGAGGACAUUGAGGAUUUUAGAGGAACAGGUUCUAAUCAGAAGCAGGCCUUUGCUAAAGAAUAUAUAAAGUCCUCUUUGCAUAACUCUAGCCAGAGGAUGCCCAAUAGGACUAGCCCACAUGUUGUACGGAAAACCCCUGUUGCUUUGCUUGAGUACAACUCUGGUACUUUUGAUUCAAGCUCAUGUGGAACUGUUCUGAUGACACAAGAAAAUAAGGGCUUGCCACUGAAGACAACAAAAAGGGAAGGUUUCAAGUUGGACAUCAAACAAGAGACACCUGUCACUGGAAGCCAUUCUCACAAUAUAGUUGAUGCAGCAUUGUUCAUGGGUAGGUCAUUUCGUGUAGGUUGGGGGCCAACUGGCAUUCUUGUGCACUCUGGUGCACCUGUAGGUAGUAAUGAUGGCCAAAGAGUAUUAUCUUCUGUAAUCAAUGUAGAAAAAGUGGCAAUUGAUAAGGUAGUUAGAGAUGAAAAUAGCAAAGUAAAGAAAGAACUUGUUGACUUUGCUUUUGAUGCUCCGUUGAAUCUUCAUAAAGCUCUAAAUUAUGAAGAAAAAGAAGUGGAUGUUGGGUCCUUUCAGCUGAAGCUUCUGAAGGUUGUUUCUAAUCGCUUAGAGCUUUCUGGCAUUUGUAGGAGCUAUAUAGACAUUAUUGAGAGGCAGUUGGAGGUUCCUGGUUUAUCUUCUUCUGCUCGCUUGGUUUUGAUGCAUCAAGUGAUGGUGUGGGAAUUGAUUAAAGUUCUUUUCUCAGAGAGGGAAAAUACUGGUCAACUGAAAUCUAUGGCUGCUGAUAAUGAGGAAGAUAUGAUGCAAGAUAUCAAGGAAGGUCCUCCAGAAGUAGACCUGGAAGCACUUCCUCUUAUUAGGAGAGCCGAGUUUAGUUGUUGGCUGCAAGAAAGUGUAUGUCACCGUGUACAAGAAGAAGUAAGCUCUGUGAACGAUUCAGGUUACUUGGAACACUUAUUCUUUCUCUUGACUGGGCGACAACUAGAUGCAGCUGUGGAGCUGGCAGCUUCUAAAGGAGAUGUUAGAUUGGCUUGUUUACUAAGCCAGGCUGGUGGAUCAACAGUUAAUCGUUCUGAUGUUUCAAGACAGCUUGAUAUUUGGAGAAUUAAUGGUCUGGACUUCAAUUUCAUCGAGAAGGACAGGAUUCGGCUUUAUGAGUUGCUUGCUGGCAAUAUUCAUGGUGCUUUGCAUGGUAUUAAGAUUGACUGGAAGAGAUUCCUAGGAUUGUUAAUGUGGUAUCACCUACCCUCAGAUACUGCUUUGCCUGUUGUGUUUCGAACUUAUCAGCACCUUCUUGAUGAUGGAAAAGCUCCGUUUCCUGUUCCAAUUUAUAUUGAUGAAGGACCAGUUGAAGAGAAUGCAAAUUUGAGCAGAGUGGAAAGAUUUGAUCUUUCAUACUAUCUUAUGCUUCUGCAUGCCAGUGAAGAGAGUCAACUAUGUUCUCUGAAGGCAAUGUUUAGCACCUUCUCUUCAACACAUGAUCCCCUUGACUACCAUAUGAUCUGGCAUCAGCGGGCAAUCUUGGAAGCUGUUGGUGCUUUCCAUUCUAAUGAUCUUCAAGCACUUGACAUGGGACUUGUAUCCCAGUUACUAUGUCAGGAGCAGUGUCACUGGGCUAUCUAUGUAGCCCUUCACAUGCCCUACCGUGAUGAUUAUCCUUACCUUCAAGCUACUCUUAUUAGGGGAAUUCUGUUCCAAUAUUGUGAAUCUUGGAGUUCACAAGAAUCACAGCGCCGAUUUAUUGAGGACUUGGGUAUUCCUUUUCAGUGGUUGCAUGAAGCUAUGGCAGUUUAUUACAAUUACAUUGGGGAUUUGCCGAGGGCUCUUGAGCACUUUCUGGAAUGUGAAAAUUGGCAAAAGGCUCAUUCUAUUUUCAUGACUUCAGUUGCUCAUGCAUUGUUCUUGUCUGCCAAGGACUCAGAGGUAUGGAGGAUUGCCACGUCCAUGGAGAACCACAAGUCUGAAAUUGAAAAUUGGGAUUUGGGAGCUGGAAUAUAUAUUUCAUUCUAUGUGCUAAGAAGUUCAUUCCAGGAGGAUAACAAUACUAUGGCUGAACUUGGUUCCCUCAACAGCAAAAAUGCAGCUUGUAGAGACUUUCUUGGCUGUUUGAAUGAGUCCUCAGCAGUUUGGGGUGGCAGGUUACAUGUUGAUGCUAGGGUGGCAUAUUCAAAGAUGGCGGAUGAGAUAUGCAAUUUGUUGCUGUCAGAUACAAGCGGAAGUCGGACGCAUGAUGAGCAGUUAAGCUGCUAUGAUACGGUGUUCAGUGCUCCCAUUCCGGAAGACCUUCAUUCGAGUCAUUUACAGGAUGCAGUUGCAGUUUUCACUUUCCAGCUUUCAGAAGUGUUGAGCUAAGGCUGUUCCUGCUCCUGUGUUGCUGAUUUGGGAUUUGGGAUUUGGGAUUAGUUUGGUUUGGGUGCACGUUGUUGUAACAGUUGGGCGUUAAUUUCGUAUCAGACUUCAAAUUCCCAACUGUCAAGUUAAUAGAUAUAAUAAAUUUUUAUCUGAAGAAAAUUAUACCCCUUUA